CGGAUACUGUUACAAUGUGUACAGCGAAGGAACUGGCGUAAUGUUUAUAGAGUAGGUCAGUCUAGUGUUGCUGUAACGUGAAGUAGGGUGUAUGCAAGUGCUUUCUGCAGAGCUAGUCUUUUGUUGCAGCAGAUGAAGAUGACUUAGUUUGCUUUCCAGCUAUAUAGUUAACUCCAACAGGUUCUACAGUUGGCGAGUUCAACAUUGAUCCCUUAGAGAUUAGACUAUUUCAUCUCAUUGAGAAAUCUGACAGUAUGCUGCCCGAUUCUUGGAUCAGAGGAGGCCCGUGAGACGUUUGAGGAGGGCGCGAAAGCGUUCUGCCAAUGGGAAUCCGGACGCGCGUCCAGCCUGCUCACGCCGCGACACCAGCAAAGAUGCCUUCCAUUGGCCUUUGCCUGCACUGGAGUGGACUGGGGCAAAGACAUGUGUUACCAUGGUGAUCAUUCAUACUAAAACACUGGAAAAGAAGAAGGGAGUCGAUGAUGUAACUUCCAUAGAGUCAGACUUGGAGCUGCGAGGGCGGCCGACCAUGAUGAGCCAGGGGACGGCCCUCUUCUCCUGCGGAGUUAUGGGGGCAGAUCGAUGGCGGGACCUGGGGAGGAGCUGUGCCAUCCAGCGGGCACCGGUUGGCACCAGCCUGGAGAGCCUGUGGGACGGGGUGGCAGAGGCAUGCCCAGGGGGCGGGGGCUGGGCCAGGGAGACGACGGGCACUCCCGGCGCCGUCUCCAUCACCAGCCUGAUUCGGGACCUGAGCUUGAGCGAGGUCAAGGCCGGCCCCUCGGCCUCCACGGCCCCACCCAGCAAGCGGCAGUGCCGCUCCCUCUCCUGCUCGGACGACCCGGGGGGCUGCCGGUCGUCGUGGCGACCGCAGAGCUCGCGCGUGUGGAUGUCGGUGGAGAAGCGCCGCUGUCACAGCGGGGGCAGCGUGCAGCGCGGCGGGGGCGGAUCCGGGGGCGGGGCCGGCGGCGCGGGGGCGUUCCCCGCCAUGCAGCGCAGCUCCAGCUUCAGCCUGCCGGCCCGCUCCAACGCCCUCCCCCUGGGCUUCGAGCUGCCCUGCUUCACCUUCACCAGCCUCCAGCCCUCCCCGCCCCGCCCCCUCUACCUCUCCCACGAACAGAUCUGCCUCCCCGAGGAGUGGGGCCCGUCCGGGGCCAGCUCGCCGGACUCCACCCCCGAGCUGGGCCGCCGCGCGGGCCCCGGGGGCCUGGCCCGGAGCCGCUCGCAGCCCUGCGUCCUCAACGACAAGAAGAUCGGGAUGAAGCGCAGGCGGCCCGACGACUCCCAGCAGGCCCGGCCCUCCCUGGACCUGGCCAAGAUGACCCAGAAACUCCGGAAUUUCCACAGCCUCAGCUGUCCCGGAAUCACUGGGGGGGACUCCUGCCAAUCAAGCCAUACCCCUGCCUCUUUCAGUAGCACCGGCCAAUGCCUGAGCGGCUUCGCUUCGGCGUGCGACCCGGAGCCGCCGCGGCGGUGCAGCGGAGCGGGCGGGGUCGGCGGGGAGGACCCGCCCAGCGAGGAGCUGGACAGCGACUCGGCGGCCAGCGGGGACUCGGCCCCGGGGAACGCAGAGGAGACAGAGACUCACUGGGGAGGGACGCACAGGAACGGGAAGGACGUCUACCAGCUGGGGGGCGAACUGGACAUUGAGCAGAUCGAGAGGAACUGAGCGGGGGCGGGGGAAAAAACGAGGAAGAGAGACGAGCGCAGGGGAGGACGGCGGAAGCGCGGAGGAGGCGCCAGCGCGCGAAAGGAGGACCAAGCAUGUGGAAUUGUGGGAAAGCGGACGCGGGAGUCGGAGGAGCGGCUCGGGGGGGGGGUGGUGCAGGCGGGGCGGGCGGACGCGUGUGGUCUUCCGUCCCGGGACACGCGUGAACGCGGGGGGGGGGGGGUCAGGGGGCGGGUCACUCACUCUGGAGCUCUCUCUCUCUCACAACCUCUCUCCCUCUCUCGGCCUGAAUACCUUGGCGCUUCUGGAACGGAGAGGGGAGCCCGGGGGCUUGUGCAAAUUCCCCCCCGAGGCUCUUUGUGGCGUCUCCUCCGUGUGCGCGUGGGUAUAUGAAGACCUGGGAGAAAGGCUGCUGAGAACAGAGCUCAGAGAUGUGCCCCCCCCUCCCCCCCCCACAUCCAGCCCCGCCCCUUCUCCCGUACAGACGUCUGCGCUCACACAAACUCUGCUAAAUAAAUAAAAAAAGCGUUUCACAAAAAUAACAGGGAAGUUGGUCUGUUGAAUUGUAUUUCCCUCUCUCUCGCUCUGAAACAGAUUUAUGCUAAUAGCGUUAAUUUCUUUCUUUAUUUCUUUUUUUUUUUUAACUAUAAAGCGAUGUAAAACAUAAAAAAAAUCUAUAUGAAUAAACACUGAAUUUUAAA